AUGCGUCCCGCCCAGUACAUGGUGCCGUUGGCCCUGUGCCUCUCGUCCAUGACGCCCAUCGUGUCCGCGUCGGCCUGGCCAGGCUGGUUGCCUAGGCUGGACUCCCUGGUUGUCCGUGCCAACAACGACGACGCCGUCGACGCAACCGGUAUGCCAUCGGCCAUGCCCAACCCUGUUUCCUCUCGUGCUUACGAUUCUCCAGCGACGCGCACCGCCUCGGCGGCGGCCAAGACGGUCCAGCCGACGAAAGGAACGGCGCGCGACCUCAACACGGCUGAGCCUACCAAGUCGGGCGACGUCAAGGAGACCGGCUCCUCAAAGGACACGAAAGAGACGGGCGCGGACAAGAGCGGCGACGGCGGCGGACCCCGAACCACAUUUGCCCCCGACGCACCGGCUGGCGGCGUCAGCAUGCUGAGCCCGGCCAUCAUGACCCAGCCGACUCCUCUUUACAAGAUCAGCGACUAUGUCACUUGGAGCUGGAAUUACACCUCGUUGCUCGGCACGCCAACCGCCGUCGACAUCCUCGUCAGCUGCACCCAGGCUGGCGUGGUGACCAUUGCCUCCAACAUGUCUUUCGCAACCUCGGUCAACUAUGUUUGGGACACCAGGCUGCAGGCUGGCUCUGCGGAGAAUCCUCUCAGGACCGACAUGUAUACCCUCAUCAUCAAGGCUUCCGACGCCGAAAUAACCGACAGGCCCGAGCCUGGUUACCUGGGCACCUGGUCUGGCUUCCGAUUCGGUCUCUACUCGGCCCGGCCUUAUCAGCCCUUUUCGGAGUGGAAGUGUCCCGGCGUCUGCAGCGCCGCCUCCUCUCUGCCCGGCCACGAGGCUGUCCGUCUUGCCCUGACCAUGAGUCUCCUCUCCCUCACAGCCUUUACCUGGUUUGUUGUCGGCCUCGGCUUGCCUUGA